UUACCAUGUGGUGAAUCAAUUUCUCUCACAUACAUUGCUGCCGAAAGGAUCAUUCCUGGAUAUGGUGGGGGCAUGAGUUCAGCUAAAGCUGCUCUAGAGAGUGACACCAAGGUGCUUGCAUUUGAAGUAGGAAGGCGCCACAAGAUUCGAGUUAAUACAAUAUCUGCUGGUCCAUUGAGAAGCCGUGCAGCCAAGGCCAUUGGAUUCAUCGACAUGAUGAUUGACUACUCAUCAGCCAAUGCAGGAUUAUAUCAUGGUGAUUUCUCGGCAAUUGCUGAAACUCCAUUAGCUUUUAACAGACAAUUAAAUUGCAUUCCCCAACUAGUGAAUUUUUUUAUUUUUAUAAUUUUAUUGCCGUGAGAUGAUAGGAGUUGGCCAUGAAUACAUGGAAGAGUUCUUUGGUUGUUGCGAAUCCGUUUUGGCUAAAGAUGGUUUGUUUGUCCUACAGGUUACAUAUUGUCUAUUAUAAUUUUUCUUAAUUAUGGUUUGAUUUGAAUUAUCUGAAAAGAAAGGUGUACUUGUAGUAGUCCAUUCAAAUGGCCCCACUUAGCCAUUUCCUCUUUACUGAAUUGAGUUGUUACCAAUUUUGAGAAUGGGAUUCUUAUUAAACAAUCA